AUGAGCGAGAUCAAGAGACGCACACGCACCGGCUGUCUCACGUGUCGGGCCAGGCGCGUCAAAUGCGACGAGCAGAAGCCCGCCUGCAAUCGCUGCGUCAACGCCAACGUCGAGUGCGCAGGAUACGCGCCCAAGCGGCGCAUUGACGUGCGGCCCCCAGGCCAGCGGCAGCGGGCAUCCCAAUCUCGAUCACACGGCCCGCCCUCCUUCCGGGCCGCUUCCUCUCCGGCCGCGGAUGCCGCCGCUUGUGCUGCGCCGCCGCCGCCGCUGCCCCGGCCUCAAUUCCGCCACGAUGGCCUCCCGCUGGUAGGCUUGCCCAGCAACCCGCGGCUGUCUACGCGGCCGUGCGCGGCUGCCCGCGAGGUUCUCGCCUACCACCAGGUUUUCUUCCGCACGCUGCCGAUGCUGUUUCCGGCCAAUCACUUGUGGUUCUGGAGGGACCGCCUCUGUGACGAAGCCUGGUGCAUUGAGUAUGCUCAGCGUGGGCUGUUGGCCCUCGGCUGCAUGCAUCGCGCUGCUCUCAUGACUUCCAUGUUUGGUGAGUAUGAUCAGGCUCGAGGGUUGGACACCAAAGUCAUUGGUGUUCAGGAGUACACGCAGGCGCUACAGGAACUGUCGAGCCAUAUCCGGGAGGCCCAGAAGUCGCCCGGGACCUUGUCAGCUGUCAUGAUACUCAUGGCUUAUUUUGAGUGCUUUGCGAGCAAUAUUCCUGCGGCUUAUGGCCAUGUCCGAGCUGCCAAGUACUAUUACACAAAAUACGUGAGAUCCUAUCCACCACAUUGUACCAACCCUACCAUGGAGGCUCUGGAAACCGCUCUACAAACUCUUUCAUGGACCUGCUAUAUGGCUGUGCCGCUUCCCGGCAUGCUGCUCACUGAUAACGGCGAAGGGUACAGAUCAUCAAUGAUUGACGAUGAAAAACCCCUCUCGCUGCGUUUCUUGGAGACCCUGGUAGACUAUGGUAUUCAUAGCGAGAUAUGGAGUACAGCUCCAACUCAACAGGAACCAUCCGCGCUGCUCAAGAACGUUUACCGGUUCCAGAAAGAGCUACGGCAAUGGUUAGAAUAUCAUGUCGAAGACUACCCGUAUCUUGAGACCGAUACAACAGCUCUGGCGAACCUUGAAGCGGACGGAGAAUGCCACUACCCAAUUCCUCCAUCUCCCUUCUUGGCACUGUCAUCAGAGCUGUGCUUCACAGGGGCACUGUACAACUUCAUUAUGGCCCGCGUAUCGUGGACCCUCUGUCUCUAUGACAAAAGCCAAGAUGCAAAGAAGCUGGAAUCCGAGGCCUACAUGUACUUUUACCAGGCCAUGCGAUUUGCAGCAACCUACGCCAUGAACACCUCCAAGACUCUUCCGAACACCACAUAUUCUACAAAUACCUUUGUGACCAGCGAGGAGCUGGACAGGAGCUUCCUACCAAUGCUCUACAUCAUUGGCCAGUGCAGCCCUCGGCCGUCAUGGCUGCGCUGGAUAGCGCAGCUGAUGAAGCAGAUCGGAGAGCAAGGACUCUUCAACGGCUUCGUCCUGUCCGCCAGCCUUCAAGUCUUCCACAAGAUGGAACAGAGCCACAACCUCCUCUCGACGGAUGGCAUCGAGCGAUAUCCCAGCCCAGCGCUGCGCAUCAUCUCGACGUUGAUACCAGAGACCAACGCUCAGGGAUUUGUCUGCUUUUAUGCGAAGCCUUCUCGAUUCAACAGCGGCUGGGCCAACCGUGAUGUCCCUUUAUAUUACCCUGUAGCUCAGGCCCGGUUCUCUACUGAGCUGGAUGAUGACAAUGCUGCUAAGCGGGAGAUUGAGAUGUAUGAUGAGCAGCGGUCCAUGGAAGAGCAGUUUACUUCAGGGUGGAUUCUUGGUCGUCCGGUGGCGAGCGGUUGGAAGAGCCGCUUCGGAGAGGUGGGAUUCGACCUUGAUCAUGUCCUUCAUGAUCAUAUCAACGGUGGCCGCUUGCUUCCGAUGGUUUAG